AUGGUAACGGACGACAACAUCCACGAGACAACAACAUCCACAAGACAACAACAUCCACGAGACAACAACAUCCACGAGACAACAACAUCCACGAGACAACAACAUCCACAAGACAACAACAUCCACGAGACAACAACAUCCACAAGACAACAACAUCCACAGACAACAACAUCCACAAGACAACAACAUCCACGAGACAACAACAUCCACAAACAAUCACAAGACAACAACAUCACAAGACAACAACAUCCAACGACGAGACAACAACAUCCACAAGACAACAACAUCCACAAGACAACAACAUCCACGAGACAACAACAUCCACGAGACAACAACAUCCACAAGACAACAACAUCCACGAGACAACAACAUCCACAAGACAACAACAUCCACGAGACAACAACAUCCACGAGACAACAACAUCCACGAGACAACAACAUCCACGAGACAACAACAUCCACAAGACAACAACAUCCACAAGACGACAACAUCCACGAGACAACAACAUCCACCAUCCUGACCUACUGA